AUGCGCAAGCCACUCAAGAGCGUGGUAGCCGUCGUGGUUGGCGCGCUGCUCAGCACGCCGGGUGCAGCUCAACGCAGGAAGAUCGAUUCCUGCCCUGGUCCCUGCAGCUCGAGCACUAGGCCCCUCGACUGGAGCGCGUACCACAACAUAGGCCAUCUCUCUGCUUGCACUGAGCCCAUGCUCCUCGAUUUUUCUCUCUACAAUCCGCUCAACGCCACGGACGCGUCGUGGACGUUCUUGGCUUGUAGGCCGGGUGGAGAUGACUCUAGUGCCCAGGUUACGCGACGCGCACACUCCUCAAUCGAGUAUGAGGAAGUUAAGCUACCGCUACAGCUUGCCUCCUGGGACGUUGCCACUCGAGCCACCCGGAAUGAGGAGUCUAUCUCAACCCUCGUGGAGAACAUACGCGCUUGGCUUGCUGAUUCCUCGCCGGACGACCAGUUCCAUAUCCUGGGCCGCUUUGGUGAUGUCGUCGCAGGUCUGUAUGUUGGACCGCGAUAUGAAAGGUCCGGUGCGGUAGAUGCCAUUGUGAAGGUGUUGCUGGAUGAGAGUGCAGAAAGUAGCGGUGCCUUGACCGUCGUCCAGCACUGCGGUUCUCGAGGCGAAGACACACUUGGCAUCGUUCUCUCGACGAACGGCGACCUGCACGCCAUCCAGCAGACACUUCGAGGAUGGAGAGACGGCGACUGCCCCGGUGACUACGACGAGUCGAAAUCCGUCUCCGACAUCACCAUCUCCGCCUCGCCAUCAACCCUCGCAAUAUCCAGCCUCCGCCGUCGCACGUCGCUCCUCCCCUCCCUCCUCCAGCCCCGCGCCGCAACCUGUAAAACCAUCAACGUCAUACUGGGCGACGGUUGUCCCAGCCUCGCCGAGCGCUGCGGGAUCUCCGGCGCCGACUUUGAGAAAUACAACGACAUCCCGAACCUCUGCUCCACCCUCGCCGAGGGCCAACCCGUCUGCUGCACAGAGGGGGACCUGCCCGAUUUCUCACCGGACCCAUACGAGAACGGGACGUGCUACACGCACCGCGUAAACACGGGCGAGUACUGCUCCACGCUCGCGGCGUCGCACAGUCUGACCAUUGACGAGAUCGAAUCUUUCAAUGAAGACACGUGGGGGUGGCUCGGCUGCGGCGAUCUCCAGGCGGGGCUGAAUAUCUGUCUGAGCUCGGGGACGCCGCCCUUCCCUGCGCCAAUUACAGAUGCGAUCUGUGGGCCGCAGAUGCCUGGCACAGAACAGCCGGACGAUAGCACCCCGUCCGAGUGGGCGCUGCUGAACCAGUGUCCGCUGAACGCGUGCUGUAACCUGUGGGGGUGGUGUGGGAUCAACCCGGAGUUCUGCGAGCGCAAGGAGUCUGCGACGGGGAACCCGGGCACAACACUGUGCGUUAGCAACUGCGGAAUGAGCGUCGUGAACGACGAUAUCCCGCCGGAUGAGUUUGCAAAGGUGGGCUACUUCCUCGCGAGUAAUCUGAACCGCGAGUGUCUGACGAUGAAUGCGUACUCGAUCCGCACGAACGACUACACACAUAUUCAGUAUGCGUUUGGGAAUAUCGGGGACGAUUUCUCGAUUGGGCUUAUGGAGGGUGAGGAGGAGCAGUUUGCGUACUUUAAGCGCAUGACCGCGGUCAAGAGGGUCAUUUCGUUUGGCGGCUGGGAUUUUAGUACCUUCCCAGAGACGUAUCAUAUCUUUCGGGAUGGCGUCAAGGAGGAGAAUCGCGAGACGUUUGCGCGCAAUGUUGUUGACUUUGUCAACGAGCAUGGCCUCGAUGGCGUUGACUUUGACUGGGAAUACCCCGGCGCCCCAGACCUGCCUGAUAUCCCUGUCGGCGAAAAAGAAGAAGGCGAGCGAUACCUCGAGUUCCUCAAACUCGUCCGUGAAUACCUCCCCGACGGCAAGAGCCUCUCCAUCGCCGCCCCGGCCUCCUUCUGGUACCUCAAGGCAUUCCCGAUCAGCGAAAUCGGGGCCCUAGUCGACUACAUCGUGUACAUGACCUACGACCUGCGCGGACAGUGGGACUACGAGAGCAAUGACCCGCCCCUUGGCUGCCCUGACGGCAACUGCCUGCGCUCGCACGUCAACUCAACGGAGACACAGUACGCGCUGGCGAUGAUCACCAAGGCGCUUGUACAGACGCGCAAGAUCCUCGUUGGGGUGAGCAGCUACGGGCGCACGUUUGAGAUGAGCGUGCCCGGGUGCACGGGGCCGACGUGUACGUUUACAGGCAAUGGCGCGACGCAGGGCCGGUGCACCAAGACCUCGGGGUAUCUUGCUAACGCGGAGAUUAAUGAGAUUCUCGAUCUGAAUGGAAAUGCGGUGCAUUCGUACGACUCCGAUAGUGACUCGGAUAUCCUCGUCUAUGAUAGCAAUCAGUGGGCGGCGUAUAUGACGGAUGAGACGCGCAAUCGCCGCUUGGACAAGUACAGGGGCAUGAAUAUGGGCGGGUCGGUCGAGUGGUCAAUUGACUUGCAGAAAUUCAAUCCGGGGAUUGUGCCGUCGCCGGGGAUUUUCCUCCCUCUCCCAGAGGACAUGGACAUUGAGGAGUUUUGCUCCGAGCCGGACCUUGACAAAAUCACUGAAGCGGAUGCGAGUAGCCAGCGCAACGUCUCGGCGUACUUUGACUACUUCUUCAAAGAAGUUCGCGGAGGAAGCACAUCAAACUGGGCACAGGAACUCUUCGGCGACACACAAGUCGUAACCUGCGACGUGUACCCCGCGGGCCAAUGCGACUUCCCAAUCCCCUCCACCUGCGAAGAGAUGGAAUCCCCCUCGCUGUACUGGGCCCGCUACGCCGUCGCAAACUUCUUCCAGCACAUCGUGCAAUACGGCGCCAUGUUCGAGGCCUCAACCAUAAACUCCACCCUGAACAUCGGCUCCCUCGUCUCGGAUUUCCCCAUCAAAGUCCCCGACACAACCUCCAUGGAAACCGUUUUCGGCAUCUUUGCCGGCGCCCUCGGUAUCGCAGGCCCCCUGGCGAGCGGACACGUCGGAAACCCAGCUAGCCCCGGGGCGGGCGCGGCCCUCUCGGCCUUUGGCGGGAUGUGGAGUAUUGUCGCGGCGGCUGUGAAGGAUGAAGAGCCGCCGGAUGAGAACGAUCUCGAGCGCGCGCUGCACGCGCAGCUGGCGAUUAUCUGGAAUGCUGGGUAUACGGGUGCGGGCAAGAUGCUGGUUGCGGUGUUCGGCGACGGCGAUCUCGAUGAGUUCCCGUCGGAUCUAAAGGAUGGGGACUGGGAGUUCCAGAUCUCGAACUUCUUCGAUGGCCGGUGGCUGGCCAAGUUGCGCGGCGAUGAGGUGGGGAAUAUCCAGGCGGCGCUCGGCGAGAAUAUGAUGAAGAGUCUUGCCGCGUCGACGCUUUCGCUUGCGAACUACUAUAUUGUGAAGGAUGGGUUUGAUGCGGAUGAAUGCUCGGAUCAGACGGGGGGUAAGGUUAUCGAUGGUACCUGCUACACGCUGGAGUAUCCAGGCGACGGCGACAGCGCGGCUGUUCCGAAGCGCAGCGACUUCUCCAAGCCCGUGGAGUCCGCGACGCUCAAGCUCAUCGAGGAGAAAUACAGCAUCUCGCUUGAAGACCUGUACCGCAUCUCCGAGUCGUGCCAGUCCGCGACAAAGGACUACGGCGGCGUGAUCUCCAGCGAUGUGUAUAAGCUCUUCGGCGACGAUGAGAAACCCGGUUGUUUCUACGCGCUUCCGGUGUUCUUUGCAAAUACCGAGGGGAUUUCGGACCAGGUGAGCUGGCGCACGCCGUGUUGGGCGCGGGUCUCGAAUAUGACGGCCGGCGAUGGGGAUACGCCGGUGGUGGGCGAGACGUAUCUGCCACCGAACUUGGAUAAGGUCUUUGCGGUUGACUUUUGUGUGCCUUGUUACGGGGGAUCGCCUUCGUGUAAUGCUGGUUAG